CCACAGCGACGGACAACACUGCGAAACCAAAAUCCGUGCAGGACUGGCCUUUCUUCCCUACCUUGCAGCGCUGCCCAACUGGCGUUCGUCGCUCUACGCUGCAAUCCACGCUCUCAACAUUGAGUGGGUUCAGUUUGGUAUGGUCAAUAAGACUGCACCGAUUGAGCUCUUCCACACGCCUCUUCUGAAUCCAUCGGACCCAAGUUUUGACUUCUUCGCAUGGCUCUUCCUUUUUGAUUGGGCGAUUGGCAACCGAGAAGUCAUCUCGUUCCAAGGUGACCUUGGUACUCUAACCGUCAUGGGCAAUGAGCUCACACGACUGGAGCAGGCAGUUGACAGUGCGCAGCUACCGACUGUCUUUGCUCUCUACGCACUCCAAGCCGUCCGAUACGUCACCUACGUCAUGAUCAUGCUCGCAGCGGUGACGUUUGUGUACAUUCUUCUGGCUCGGGGCCACGUCGAGGGUCUCAACAUGUUUGAAAUGAGUCGCGUCGGCGGCAUUGUCUGGGUCGGUCGACCACUAGUCGCGGUACGGAGCAUCACCGCUCUCUGUCUUCUCUCGACCGCUUCUGUUGAGUUGCAAUCCGACGGUGUCUUGAGCAACUUUGUCCCGACGCCUAUCCCGCUCUGGACGACGUGUCUCGCGGCGAAUGAAGUCACGUGGCUCGUCGGUAUCGUCAACGACAUUUCGCUCGUCUGGACGCAAGACCACACGAUCGCCUACGCGACGAUCAACAGUCUGGUCAUGUGGCUCAUCUCGGCGCUUCUGGCAACUCUGGCGCCGGUCCAGGCCACGAUCAUUAGUGGUCCAAAGCGACUGAGCUCGUCGAUACUGCUCUGCGGUGGUGCCAAGUACCUCUUUAAGCACCACGACUGGGUUCUUGGUGACGUUUACCAUCUCGACCGUGCGUCGGCGGUCUUGAAUGGCCUGCUGAGCGUCCGGUAUCAAAGCCAGUGGAUCAUCUUUGACGUCAAGACGUGGUGCGUCCAUACGAUCGACGUUGCGAGCGAUCUUCUCGUGUACACAGGCGAAAAUAUUGUCCUCGUCGACCGUCGCUUUGGAUUGGCCCUUCCGCUGCGAGAAUGAAAUGGUGUACACUUCAACUACAGUAGCAAAAACUAACUCAAAGACUUCG